AUGGCUCAUACCGAUGCCAGUACGGGGUACAUGCUCCCCCCGCCCGAGAUGGCAGCGGUGGUGGACGCCCCCCCCGAGCCCACUCUGUCCUUCUCACCCGACAGGAAGAUGGUGCUGCAACUGGGCAGACCCCCUUCCAACCCCCCCAUCUCCGAGCUGGCUCGCCCGGAGCUCAAGCUUGCAGGCCUGCGCAUCGACCCGGAGACCUUCUCGCGCAGCAGGAUGUCCUACUACACGGAUCUCAUGUUCACACCCUUCCACGACGCGCUGGUUCUCCCCGCCCCGGCGGCCGACUGCCACCACCCGACGGGCAUCCCCCCCGGCUCCUGGAUCAACUACGCGCGCUGGUCGCCGGACAGCCGCCACGUGGCGCUGACGCUGCGCAGCAGCGCCGAGGGCGCGCGCGGGCCGCUGCGCCUGUGGACGGUGGACACUGAGUCCUGGCAGGCGCGGGAGGUCUUCCCGGCACUCGGGGCCUCAACACAAUCUUCAUCAGGCAUCUACGACUGGAUGGACAGCGACACCAUCAUCGCCGCCCUGAUCCCCGAGGACCAUCCCACGCUCCCCGUCAAGCCCGCCACCGUCGGCGGGCCCAAGGUCGAGGACAACAGUAGCGGCAAGAAGUCACAGGCCCGCACCUACCCGGAUCUCCUGGCCAGUCCCCACGAUGAAGCGGUGUUUGACCACCUGGGCACCUCCCAGCUCGUGUCUGUCAAGGUGCGGAGCGUGGUGCCUGAUCGGGAUUCUGAUGAUGUCAUCAUGUCGCAAUACACGGGGGCCCAUGCCUCGCCAGACGGCCGGUACCUGCUGGUGUCCUACUUCCACAGGCCCUACUCCUACUCCGUGCCGUGCGGCCGCUUCCCCAAGAGCAUCGAGCUGUGGAGCGCGGAUGGCACCCCCCUGCGUGUAAUCGCCGACCUCCCCCUGGCCGAGGAUAUUCCAGUGGCAUUCGACAGCUGCCGGCAGGGGCCGCGCCAUCUGGAGUGGAGGGAUGACAAACCUGCCGAGCUGGCGUGGAUUGAGUGCCAGGACGGCGGGGAUCCUGCAGUGGCUGCCGAGCCGCGCGACAUUGUCUACACGCUGGAGGCGGGCGACCUGGAAGCAGAGGCCAGGCCGCUGGUGUCUACCAACCUGCGCUGCGGGGGAAUUGUCUGGGGGGACGACGCCCUGGCGCUGCUGUACGAGUCUGAGUGGAAAUCGCGGCGCAGCAUCGUGUCGACCUUCAACCCGGGCUCGCCCGCGCUGCGACGGACGAGGUGGAGCACGUACGUGCUGGCCAGGCUGGACGGCGCGCGGCGGCUGCUCCUGCAGGGCUCCGGCGCCGGGCCGACGGGCAGUCGUCCUUUCCUGGACGUGCUGGAGGUGGACUCCAAGGCCACGCGCCGGCUGUGGCAGAGCAGCCCCCCUUUUUUCGAGACCACCAGCACCAUUCUUUCCGAUGAGGACGAGCGGACAAUCACCCUGGACGGCCUGCGCAUCCUGGCCACCAGGGAGUCUGAGCGGGAGCCUCCCCAGUUUUACAUCAAAAGUUUUGCCAACGAUGGGAGGGACAUCAGCGAGCGCUGCAUCAGCGCCUUCCCGCACCCCUACCCGACCCUGAAGGGCCUGUCCCAGGAGAUUGUGCGCUACAAGCGGGACGAUGGGGUGGAACUGAACGCCACGCUUUACCUUCCCCCUGGGUAUGACAAGGACAGGGAUGGGCCGCUGCCUUGCCUCCUCUGGGCGUACCCCAGGGAGUACAAGGACAAGGCGGCUGCCGGGCAGCUGCGGCGCUCACCCCACCACUUCAGCGCGGUGGGCGCCUCCUCCCCCCUCAUCUUCCUGACGCGGGGCUGGGCGGUGCUGGACGGCCCGGGCUUCCCCAUCGUGGCCGAGGGGGACGAGGAGCCCAACGACACCUUCCUGGAGCAGCUGACCGCAUCGGCGCGGGCGGCCGUGGAGGAGGUGGUGCGACGCGGCGUGGCCCACCCCUCAGCCGUGGCCAUCGCCGGGCACAGCUACGGCGCCUUCAUGGCUGCCAACCUGCUGGCGCACGCCCCCGAUCUCUUCGCCUGUGGUGUGGGCCGCAGCGGGGCUUACAACCGCACGCUCACCCCCUUCUCCUUCCAGCAGGAGCAGCGCACGCUGUGGGAGGUGCCGGAGACCUACCUCAAGAUGUCGCCCUUCAUGCACGCGGACAAGGUGCGUCGCCCGCUCCUGCUCAUCCACGGCGCCGACGAUAACAACACGGGGACCUUCACGCUGCAGUCGGAGCGCUUUUACGCCGCGCUGAAGGGGCACGGCUGCGUCACACGCCUGGUGGUGCUGCCGCACGAGAGCCACGGCUACCGCGCGCGCGAGUCGGUCAUGCACGCGCUGUAUGAGAUGAACGCCUGGCUGGACCGCUUCUGUCGGAGCGCGCUGGAGGGGCAGCGGGGGGCGGCAGGGAUGGUAGCGGGGGAGGACCGGGCUGGUGAGCAGAAGCAAGGGGCCGCGGAGCGGUCGGGCGACGCGCUCGUGGCCGCAGCCGCAGAGCGCGACACCUGA